CGCAACAAACAGCCGAGUUACUGAGAGGACUACGAGGUAACGUAAUGCCCAGCCCGGUGUUGACGAUUAAUGUGGUGUCGGUUUAACUGCACCGAGAGGACAUAAAACACGUUAAAAGGGUUAUAACAUUAUAAUGACGCACGCGUAAUGCGGUCAGCUGGCUAGAGAGCUGAAGCUGCCAGUGUGAACGCCUCGACUGAGCUCAUCUUGCUGUCUGGAUUACACUCAAAAGAAAGUGAAUCUGUCUUAUCUCCUUCCAUCACAAUGAGCCGGGACGUUCCCAUCCACAGCUGGCCAGGCUCCUAUUACAUCAACAGUGAGAAACGGUGGGAAAACGGAACCCUCUCUCUCACCAGAACCACGGUGUGCUUCGUCUCCAACCAGAGCAAGGAGAGUCUUGCAAGCUUCCGUCUCUCGAGGAUCGUGGAGAUCAAGAUGGAGUCAUCUAGUUUCAUCUUCAGCACUCUCACAGUACUUGAAGAAGGCAACGUGAAACAUUGGUUUGGUUCCCUUAAGCCCAACAGGGUGGUGGUUUAUAAUGUGUUAGAGCAUUUCUGGAGAGAGCGGCUUCUCUCUCCCAGCUCAGAAGCCCAGCGGGCUGAGGCUCAGCCUUCGAAGGGAAGAGAGCUGAUCAGCCUGGUGGCAGGGGCCCAGAAAAGAUUGGAGGACACUGGCAGAGUCCUUGGCCAUCAGGGAGAGCAGUUUGACAAUAUGAUGCAGGGCCUGGAGAAGAUUGACUCUGACUUGGGCGUGGCUGACAAACUUCUGUCAGAACUGGAGUCUCCUUCCUGGUGGCCUUUUGGUAAACUCCCCUGGAAGACCCAGCAAGAUGCAAAGGCCGAUGAUGCUGCGAGAGCUGCAGCUACUGCUUCUUCUUCAGCAGCCAGGGGCUCCAGCAGAAAUAAGUUAAUCACAAGCAUCCCAGCAGUGCUGUCCAAAGGUGGAGAAUCGGACUUGAAGCCAGGAUGUUUGUCGGUGCUAGUGUCCUCGCUGGAGGUGCGAAACACAAACUGCCAGCUCCUUCACAGAUUUGAGCGAAAUGAAAUUGAUGAAAUCAGGGUGCACAGCCCCUAUGAGAUUACCGUCAGGCAGCGUUUCAUCGGGAAGCCAGACAUAUGUUACAGGCUCCUGUCCGCCAAGAUGCCAGAGGCUUUGUCCGUGUUAGAGAUGCAGUACAAAAAGAAGAUAGAGUUCACAAGCGAAUACACAGAUUUUAAGACAACUCCAGUUUCAUCGCCAUGUGACACAGAAGGGAAAAGCUGGACUGAAGGUUUACUGCAGACGUGCCAAGAGACAGAGCUCCCACUGGAGGUCCCCGCUGGAGAGCUGUCCCAGUUGCAGGUGCAUGUCUUCCAGCCAUCUGUCAGUCAGGCUGAGGCCCAGGAACUCAAACAGAACCUCACAGCGCUGAAUGCUGUUACAGACACGGUCUGUGGUGGCAAGACCUACACAGUGACGCAAAUUCAGACCCGUGAUUUGGGCAAGUUUUAUUUUUUUAUUUUUUAUAAUGUGUGUGUGAAUCACUAUUACAGGUUGCUUAGACUAGGAUUUUUCAUGUAAAACUUUCAGAAAGUUGCUCUUUGUUUUAUCAUAUAAUGUUUAAAUGAUCAAAGUUAAUGAGUGACUUCAGUCUACAAGGCUCUACUAUAUGUAAAGGAAAAAAACUAUAUUAACAUUUACAAGUGAGAAGAAACCAAGCAAAUACAGUUAAUAAUGGUGCAAAUGUGCCAGUAUUGAAAUAUGUAGCAGACAAAGAUGGCUUUGCAUUACACAUUAACACAUAAACAUAUUAACUCAAAGUUUUUCAUGACAUCAUUACCGCCCUCAACUCCUCAAAUCAAAACUGAAGCAACAACAUACAAAUGUCUUGUCAACAGCAGCAGUUGACAAGACAACUGCUGUUUGUCUUAUCCAUAGACAAAUACUGUGUUGGGGUUAACAAAUAGCUUCAUGCUGUAGCUCAGGAGGUAGAGUAGGUCAUCUACUAAUCUAAAGGUUGGCUGUUUGGUCACUUUGCCAAAGUAUCUUUGGGCAAGACCCUAAGUUGCUCUCGGAUGCAUUUAUUGGAGUGUGAAUUUUAUAGAUAGAGGGAUAGAAAAAAGUGCUUAUAUGAAUGUGUUUGAAUGGGUGAAUGAGGCAAGUUGUAUAAAGCGCUUUGAGUGCUCCAGUAGAGUAAAGCAACACUAUAUAAGAACCAGUCCAUUUAAGAUUUGCUUGCAGCCUUAUAGUAGUAUAUAAAAUAAUAUCUCUGAGGACCUAACAACAUUCUUGGCAAGAACUAAUGUACACAGGGAAAACCUGCAACCUCCACACAGAAAGGCCCCAGCGAGCCAGUGGAAUGAAACCCAGGAAUUUUUUUUUCUUACUGUGAGGCAACAGUGCUAACCACUGCUCUGCAUGUUCGGUCAAUUGGUGAUUCUUAAAUGUACGUAGAGGUGAAUAUGAGCGUGAACGGUUGUCUCGCUCUGCAGUAAACUGCCGACCUGACCUCUCACCCCAUGACAGAUAGGCUCCAGCCCCCUCCUCUGCCUCCAACUUUCUUCAUGAUAAGCAGAAGAAGAUUGAUGGAUGGAUAAUAAUAUAAAAAAGAAACAAGCACACCAUAGCAAUAAUAGCACCAGGCCAAUCACUGGCUAGCCUAUUGUGCUUUAAAUGGCAUGUUAUCUGCGGCUGAUAAUGGGUUACAUUUCAAAGCGUGCCAGUUUUGCCUUAAUGCUAUGCUUUUGUACACACCCUGCUCUUACUGUAAUCCAUGUCAAGAUUAGAAUCACUGUGGGCCAACUGGUACUGAUAACUUGUGCUCAGUUUCAUGUCCUGCCCUAAGUGCCGUGCCAAAUAGUCUUUUUGGUGUCAGCAUUUGUAUGUUUUAUUAUUGUUUGUGGUUGGAAAUUCCCACUUGCUAAAAAUAUGCUGUAAGAAUAUGAAAUUGAGUGUGCUGCUAAUGCACAGUCCCAAAGUUACCGCACCUAAUACACAAGACACUCAGACUUUUUUUUGCUAAUAUAUUUUUUCUUUUAGCUCUAGCCUAAAUGUUUGAUUUGAAGGGUUUCUACAUGACUUAAGUCCCCUAGCCAUUAUAUAAACAGCGGCAAGAAGUGUUCAUUUUUACUGUUUUUCUAUGACACACCGAAGCUCUUGUGAAUGUUAACUGCAAGGUGUGAUUCAGUCAUGUCCUCUCAGUUUAAAUUGUAAAGUCACAGACCUGAGUGAAUGAAUAUCGUUGUUCCUUGGUGUGUAUUGACAUAUUAUCUGUUUUUCAAACUGCUAACUCGAGCUGUUUUUGUGCUCAGCUGAAAUGUCCACAUAAACCAGCCAGAGAACAUAAUGACAUAAUGUCAGUGGAGUGUGUGUGUGCGUGCGUGCGUGCGUGCGUGCGUGUGUGAGGCAGAUCAUGUAGCAUAAAAUACUACCAGUUAAGUAACCAUAGUGGUAGGGUUUGAGGUGAGUGUUUAUUAGGCUUUGCUUGGCACAUCACAAUAUAUUAAAACUGUUCCAUCAACUACAGCAUAUGUAGUUGCUGGAUCAUGGUCAUGUAGUUGUGAUAUCCCUUAAAGUCACUGAAAGUGAGGGAAAAAACCCAGUAUGAUAUCACUGAUCCCAAGAAUCAAGCCAAGACUUCCCCCUCUGUGUGUCAUCAAGUUUCAUCUGCAAAAUGAAUAACAGCUAUUAUUGUGGUGAAUUCCAUUGUUCCUUUCUGAUCAGCGCACAAUUAACAGCAAGCCUUUCUAACGCUUAAAUCAGAUGGUUUAAGCGUUAGAAAGGACCAAUGUCUAUGUCUCUCCAUAUGUGGUGUUGUUUUAAUGUGCCUUACUUCUUAUUAACACAAAACGUUGUGUCUUUUUAUUGUGCUGUGGUGUGUGG